GGUGCCCUCCAGAGCAAUGUAAGUGGAAAUUUGUUAGUCUUCUCGAAUCAAAUGUUUACUAUUGCUUUCAUUAUUAGGAAGCUAACAAGCCAUUACUCCCCGUGUCACUGGACACAAAGGAUCCGCCGGGUGUUUUCACUGCUCCAAUAGAGGAAAACACUUAUCACUUGGCCAGUGUAACUCAAAAAAGUAUUCCUCUCUCAUUUAAUUUACUCAACAAUUUAAUUUCUAUCGAGUUAUUCUGUUGGCUGUUAUAUUUUACUUUACUUUUCACCAUCUUUUUCAUUUCCAAUUUUGCGUUUUCACCUAAACUGGUUCAUAGGAAAUGCAAAUUAUACGAGGUCUUCUUUGAAGCUAUUCAAGCCAUUCUUACAAGACAGAUCUUUGGAACACCGAAAACAUUCUUUUUAUUGACUUUUGCUUGUCUAUUAAAUGCUUUGUUUGGUGCCAUCAACAAUGCAUCUUUCAAAACCACUGCUAUUGUUAGAUCAACCAAGGAACAAGUGAAAAGCUUAUUGGAUAUCAUAAAGAUGAAUAAAAGUCCAUGGUUUUUCGAUGGACUCUCCCAGUAUGAACUUUUCGAGGCUGGAGUUACACCUGAGUUUAAACAAGUAUAUGAAUAUGCAGUGAAAAAAGACUUAGCAACACCAAAAGCACUGGUUGAAAAUGCUGUGAGUCUAUUGAGUCGUGAUUUAUGCUUAAAUGUGGUCACUUUAACAACAUUAAGACCCACCGAGUUCAUUAAAAUCUAUCUUGAAUAUUACUGUUCCAGUGAGUUAGGAUCACCUCAAAGUGUUUUUGUCUCAAAUCCUUACCACAGCACGGUUAAGAUGAGUUUAUUCAAUCCAUGCACUGAUGGUCCAGUAGCUGAAGAGAUGAUAAGACGGGAUAAAGCUUUUUACUCUAUGCUUCUAGAAACAGGAAUCAACCUUCAUGGAGUCGAAUUAAUGAGAAAAUUUUUGAUUAAAUCUACUGGCUCACUUUUGGGCUUAAAAUCCGGUAGUCAAACAGACGAUUCCGAUCUGUAUUCACUGUCUGCAUCACCACUCAAACUUUCCAAUUUUGAAGACUUAUUUAUACUUCAAUUUUUCGCUGCAAUCAUGGCUUUAUUUAUUGAAUUUGGGAACCAAAUUUAUCACCGCUGUAUAAAAUUAAAUCCAAUAUAUGUUGGCAAUACAUAUUAG